AUGGCUUUCCGCAACGCUCGACGUGCGCUGCGUGCCGCGGCACUCAUCAUCCUUCUGGACGAAGGACUGCGGGCCUUCUCGGUGUCCUGCACGCUGCGCCCGCGCAUGGGACAGUCCUGGGCGACUCCAUUGCCACAGCGGGAGGAGGAUGCUUCGCCCCCUCGGACGCUGCAGCGCGCCUUUUCACGCCAGGGAGCAAUUCCGGUAGCCGAGGCUGCAGCUGCCGGAGCGAUCGCGGCGUUUGUGCAGGCAAUGCUCUUUGCGGUGACAGAGCCGAUUCUGAAUCGCGUAGGCGUACAGCGGAAGACGCUGCGAGAAGCGAUGCGACAGGUGGAUCCCGAGAUGAUGCGGAAACAUUUCAAGACAACCCUGCCUACGAGCUUAGUCAAGCAGCCCUUGAAUGAGGGUCUCCUGGCCGUGCUCAGGGCCACUGGAUGGUCCGACGGGAUGCAGGGGCUGAUGCUGGGCAUACUGUACCCUACGCUGACGCUGCCCCUCACGAACUUCCGACUUCGGAGAUCUCUGGGUCAGAAAUUCAAAUUCACAGACCUGUAUGCCGCCUACUUGCCAACUCUGGUGCGUGACAUCGUCGGAGCUCAAGCUCGCACGAGGGUGAACAGCUUCUGCGCUCUCACGCUUGGCUGGGCACGUCAGUCACCAUCGGCCAUGGCCUUGUCCAUGUUCCUCACAUGUGUAAUCUCGUCACCUUUCAACGAGCUGCGGAUGUUUUACUUGAAGCGGGAGGAGAUGACGUGGAAGGAGUUCUUCCAGCCCAAGCGGUGCCUUCGCUCCACCGUGGUGGGCGCCUGCAACUUCGGGUUGGCGCUCUUCGCGGGAUACUGGCUUGUCCCACUCAUUGCCAAG